AGGGAGUCUGGGGCCGCACGCAUCAGCUGGAGCAUGACCGAAAGCGAGACCCGUGGCACUUCCCCUCUGCCCGUGCCGUCAGUGCAGACGCUCCCGGUUCCAGCCACAUGCAGGACUCAGCGAUGGAGCAGGGACACGGCAGUCUGGCCCAGCAUGGCACGGCACUGCUGGCACUGAUGCUGGUGCUGGUGCGGGCACCAGGGGUGCCGGCCUAUGGUUUCCGCAACUGCCUGCAGGCACCAGAUGACCCCGGGCACUUCCGCUGCAUCCAGCGCUUCCUGAGCAACAUGGCCGGUGCAGUGGGUGACCUGCCAGCCAACACCACAGUGCUGGAGGUGGCCCACAACACCAUCGCCUGCCUGCUGCCUGGCGCCUUCACCCACCUGCCCGCGCUGCGCAGUCUGCACCUGCCCUUCAACCAGCUGUGCGACCUGGCGCCUGGUGCCUUUGUUGGCCUGCAAGCCCUACAAAGCCUCAACCUGUCCCACAACCAGCUGCAGACACUGCCCGCUGGCGCCUUCACUGGCCUGCCCAACCUCACCGAGCUGGUGCUGAAUACCAACCCGUUGCGCAUGCUGCCGGUGGACGCCUUUGGACCGCUGCCCAACCUGCGCCGCCUGCUGCUGUGCUCCUGCCACCUGUGUGACUUCGGCACCAUAGCACAGAGCCUGCAGGGUCUGACGGCACUGCAGGAGCUGAGCCUGUGCGGCAACAGGCUGCGAGCACUGGGCCCCAGCCCGGGCUUGCCGCCCUCGUUGGCCGUGCUGCGGCUCUGCAACAACUCGCUGGUAGCGGUGGACGGCGGCGGGCGUGCACUCUUGGCGGGUGUGCGUGACCUGGACCUCAGCUACAACAACCUGUCAGAUGCCGACUCCUUCGCCCGCGUGAGCCUCGCCCACCUCAGCAUCCUGCGGCUGGCGGGCAACCAGCUGGACCCCUUCCAGCUGCUGGCCGUGUCCAAUGUGCCAAACCGCAGCUUGGACUUCUCAGGGCUGCCACUGGGCGCCAAGGGCGUGCACGGCGUGUGCCGGUGCCUGGGCCCUGCACCCUUGACUCAGCUCCUGCUGCAGCACCUGGAGCUGCACAUGCUGCACAACGGCUCGCUGGCCGCCUGUCCGCCCAUGCGGGCGCUGGACCUGUCAGGCAACCGGCUGCGGGCGCUGGGCUGCGUGGGCGAGUUCCUGUCAGCGCCGCAGCGUGCGGUGCUGGAGAACCUGACAGCCGAGCACAACUUGCUGGCGGGACUGGGCAGCUGCCUGCAGGCCAUGCGCCUGCCAAUGCUGCGGGAGCUCAACCUGAGCUACAACCGCGUGCUGUCGGUAGGGCGGGGCGCCUUCGCCUUUGCCCCCAACUUGCGUGCACUACGACUCAACAUCAACACUGUGGCCUUCCUGCACCGGCAGGCACUGGGAACACUGCCUGGCCUGACCGAGCUGCGGCUGGACAACAACCUGCUGACUGACUUAUAUAUCGAGAGCUUUGCUGGUCUACCGCGCCUGGAGACCCUCAACCUGCGCAACAACCGUGUUGCUGUGCUCUUCCCUGGUGUCUUCAAGCACCUCGGCCACCUGCGCACCCUGGACCUGGGCGGCAACAUCCUGCGGCGCCUCACACCCGCCGCCUUCCACGGCCUUGGCAGCCUUGCCCGGCUCUACCUGGAUGGCAACCACAUCGCCCAUAUCAGUGCCGACAUCUUCCAGCCCGUGCAGACCACACUGGAGGUGCUGGACCUCAAGGGCAACCGACUGCAGUACAUCACGGCACAGCUGACACACGAACCGCCCUUCCUAUACCUAAACCGGCUCACCGACCUCAAGCUGCAGGCGCAACAGCCGUAUGGCCUGAAGCUCAUCCCGCAUCACUUCUUCCGCGGGCUCACAGCACUACAGGCACUCUACCUGGCGCAAAACAAGCUGCUGAGUGUGCCGCCCGAUGCCUUCGACGACCUGGCACAGCUGCGCUACUUGACGCUGGCCGACAGCAGCAACGGCAUGUGGGACCUGCCACCCGGCGUCUUCAAGAACCUGAGCCGCCUGCGCGUGCUGGACCUAGAGAACGCUGGCGUGCACACGCUCUCACUUGAGGUGCUGGGUAACCUUACCCAACUUGAGGAGUUGCGGCUGGCCAAGAAUGAGCUGCGCACUUUCAACGGCAGCGUGGCACGGGCUCUGCGCACCCUGCACUACCUGGACCUGCGCAAGUGCCCACUGAGCUGUGCCUGUGCCGAUGCCUGGCUCUGGCCUUGGCUCAACAGCAGCCAUGCGCAGGUGGUCUACCUGUACAACCUCACCUGUGCCAGGCGUGGGCCACCCACCUACCUGCACGGCUUCAGCGCCACUGUCUGCUUCCUGGAUGUGGGGCUCUACCUCUUCGCUGCCACGGCGCCAGCACUGCUGCUGUUCAUGGCGCUGCCCGUGCUGUACCUGCGUGCCUACUGGCGCCUACGCUACCACUGCUUCCUGCUGCGCUCCUGGGUCAAUGAGCGAUGGCAGCGGGCAGACGAAGGACACUACCGCUAUGAUGCCUUUGUGUCCUACAACUCAGCUGAUGAGGCAUGGGUUCUGCAGGACCUGGUGCCGCAGCUGGAGGGCGCCGGCCUGUGCCUCUGCCUGCACCAUCGGGACUUCCGCCUGGGCCGCAGCAUCGUGGACAACAUCGUGGACGGCAUCUACAGCAGCCGUAAGACAGUGUGCGUGCUAAGCCGACGCUACCUGCGCAGCGAAUGGUGCUCGCUGGAGAUCCAGCUGGCCAGCUACCGCCUCUUUGACGAGCUGCGCGACGUGCUGGUGCUGGUGCUGCUGGAGGACGUGCCAGAGCGCGAGCUGUCCGCCUACCACCGCAUGCGCAAGGUCAUGCUGCGCAAGACCUAUAUCCACUGGCCGCCCGAGCCCGCUGCCCAGUCCCUCUUCUGGGCCCAGCUGUGCUGCGCCGUGCGGGGCAGCCAUGCCGAUGGCAAAGACGAGGAACUGUGCUGCUUCGAUGACCCUGGCACGGAGGGGCCCGGCCCAAGUAGCUGAUCCCCAGCUCAUGGCGUGGGACUGUUGGGGGGGCUCCCCUGUACAAUCCACCAUGCAAAUGGUCAUGACACAGCAUUGCCCGCUCCCACGUGUCCUUCAUGCCAUGCCAUGCCAGGGCUGGGGUGAACGGAAGAGCAGGGAGGCGGUUUCCUGCUAGAGUCUGCAGGUGUCCGGGCCAGGCCCCCCCC